GUACUUUCGUCACCUUAAAUUGGACGCAAUAUUCAGUUUUUGGCCGUAAUAAAAACCAGAUAUUGGUACCGAUCUCUAGAGAACAAGGCCUCUCUCUCGCUCUCUCGCUUGGUGUCGACAAAAUCUGAAUUAGUAUUUGGGAAAACCACAGUUGCUUUCUUGAAACUGGGUUUUUCUGUUUUAAGCUUCAAAAGUUGUAGAUUUUUGCCUAGUGCAUGACCUCUGAAGUUGAGUGACUUUUCCAAGAUGGGGACCACAUACCGCAGCGGAGUCUCUAAGAAAUCAAGUGGCAGUGUCAGACUUGCAAUGACUACUAUUAUGGGAAUGGUCUUCGGAUAUUUUAUUGGAGUUUCAUUUCCAUCGGUUUCUCUUACUAAGAUUAACUUGCCUUCAAGCAUUAUAUCAUCUUUUGAUGUAGCCUUCAAAGACGAUCAUCAUAGAUCUGUCAGUGACCAUAUACCUGAAAAUCGUGUUUCAACUGAUACUGCACCUCCAAAGAUAUAUGUUCCAACAAAUCCCCGUGGUGCAGAGUCAUUACCUCCAGGAAUCAUAGAAUCAAAGUCUGAUUUUUAUUUGCGAAGGUUAUGGGGUGAACCUAGUGAGGAUUUGAAAAAGAAGCCGAAAUAUUUGGUAACAUUCACAGUUGGUUGGGAUCAGAGGAACAAUAUUAAUGCGGCAAUUAAUAAGUUUUCGGAGGAUUUCCAAAUAUUGCUUUUUCAUUAUGAUGGCCGGACAAGUGAAUGGGAUGAAUUUGAGUGGUCACGGAGGGCAAUUCAUGUCAGUGUAAGAAAACAAACAAAAUGGUGGUAUGCAAAGCGGUUUAUGCAUCCUGAUAUUGUAGCAGCUUAUGACUAUAUUUUCAUCUGGGAUGAAGAUCUUGGAGUUGAACACUUCAAUGGUGAAAAGUUUAUUCAACUAGUUAAGAAACAUGGUCUGGAGAUUUCACAACCGGGUCUUGAGCCCAACAAUGGACUAACAUGGCAGAUGACAAAAAGGAGGGGUGACAGAGAAUUUCACAAGAAUGCAGAAGAGAAACCAGGCUGGUGCAGUGACCCACAUUUACCUCCAUGUGCUGCAUUUGUGGAAAUCAUGGCCCCCGUGUUUUCUCGGGAAGCAUGGCGCUGUGUUUGGCAUAUGAUUCAGAAUGAUUUGGUGCAUGGAUGGGGAUUGGAUUUUGCCCUUAGAAGAUGUGUAGAGCCUGCACAUGAGAAAAUUGGUGUGGUUGAUUCACAGUGGAUUGUCCAUCAAGUAAUUCCCUCCCUCGGGAACCAGGGCCAGACCGAGAAUGGUAAACCUCCAUGGCAGGGGGUGAGAGAUAGGUGCAGAAGCGAGUGGGCUCAGUUCCAAGAUCGCCUUGCUGAUGCAGACAAGGCAUACCUUGCGCAUAUUGGAAAGGGUUAACUUUGACAUAUUCUCGGCCCGUGAAUGUCCUUGUACAUGCUUCGUUUUUUCACUCUUUUUUUUUUUCUUUUUCUUUCUUCUGUGUCUCGAGGGGUGUUUCAUAGCCCAAUUCUUUUACAUGAUGUUUUAUAUUUCAGGUAGGUGCCAUAGCCACAUUUCCUGUAGUCAUAGACAUAUACACUCAUAUUAGAGAAAAUUUUCACCCUUUUUGUGCAGAAAUAUGUGAAAACGUUUGUGUAUUCUAUCAUGGUCUCUUUUGUCAUCACAGCAGUGCCAGGAUCAACUUCAUAUCUUCUGGUUUUUGACUUGUUUAAAUAAAUUCAAAUUGGCAUGAA